AUGGGAGCUCCAUCCGGAAAACUACAAUGGGAUGAUAAGGAUCUUCUCCAGGUCGCUGUACCGCCAUUCACUAAGCUGUCUACUACCAUUCCAUCUACAAGCAACUCAUCCGGGACGGAUUCGACCAAAUGGAGGGUCUUACAAAGCGCCGGUACGGCUAGGCUGCAUCAUCCAGAGUGGACGCAGGAUACGCUUUUUCUAGAUACCGCCAACCUGCCUGCUAAAAUGCCCAGGAUGUCCGAUGAUGUUCUUCUUUCGCAAUUUUAUGAACAUUCACUGUCUGUUUUAGGGACAAGCUUCUCCUCUGAGUCUGAUAACAAUGACACUACUCUGCCUUUUGAUGAAGAUAGUGACAUCAAUGAGAUCACAAGCUCCGGGAUUGCGGGCAGCGCCGAAGCAGUACCUUUCCCUUAUCCAUGUGAACUGCAUAAUAUCAAGGAUAUCCCCAAUACAACGUAUCUUCGAUCCAUAAUUCCGCAAACUCCGAGUGUCAAUCUUGUUGUGGCAGUCAUAGGCAUCAACCCCGUACGGCGAGUGACAGCACGACAAUCAAAACAAGAGCUAGAUAUCUUGGAGAUCAUUGUCGGAGACGAGACCAGGACCGGAUUUGGAGUUACUUUCUGGCUUCCCAGAAACCAUAAACAACUAAACACUCUUGCCGCUGAGUUUAGAGAGAAAAUUUUGGGCAUACGCCUCCGCGAUAUCGUACUUAUAAGGAACGUGGGACUAAGUUCCUUUCAGGACCUGGUAUACGGUCAAAGUCUUUGGAAAGGUAUGACCAAAGUGGAACUCUUGCAUCGACAACAGGUUGACUCGCAAGAUGUCCAGGGGGCAUACUCUACAGUCGCGAUUGAAACAGCGACUCGUGAAGAUAGACUACUUUACAAAGUAUGCAAUGUGCGUAACUGGUUGAUGAAUUUUGUCGGGACUAAAGCGCGAUGUGGCCGUCAUGAUGUUGGACAGCCAUUACCACCAGACACUCAGUAA